GGGCUCGCGGUGAGGGCUUCGGGAUUCGGCUUUGGGCUUCGGGCUUCGGACUUCGGACUUCAGGCUUCGCGGCCUAGGCGGCCUCAUGGAGCGGGGCCUCGAGGAGACGCCCUCCUCAGAGAGGAUGGAGGAUGAAGAGGAGGAAGAUGAUGAUGACGAGGAGGAGGAGGAGGAGGAGCUGGACCUCUUUGGAGGCUACGACGGCUUGCAGGGUUACACUAGCAGCCUGGGCAGCGAGAGCAGCUCCUACCUGGAAGAGUCGAGCGACAACGAAAAUGAGCUUCACGACCGCGAAGCCGGGGAGCUCCCCACGUCCCCCAUGCUGAUGCCCAGCCCCACCGCCCCCCGCUCCCAGGAUGGCAGCGGUUCUGAGCCAGCCGUCUGUGAGAUGUGCGGCAUCGUUGGCACACGAGAGGCCUUCUUCUCCAAGACGAAGAGGUUCUGCAGUGUCUCCUGCUCUCGCAGCUACUCCUCCAACUCCAAGAAAGCCAGUAUCUUGGCGAGGUUGCAGGGGAAGCCACCCACCAAGAAGGCCAAGGUCCUUCAUAAGGCCGCCUGGUCUGCCAAGAUUGGCGCCUUCCUCCAUUCCCAGGGAACGGGGCAGCUCGCAGAUGGAACCCCGACCGGGCAGGAUGCUUUGGUCCUGGGCUUCGACUGGGGGAAAUUCCUAAAGGAACACAAUUACAAGGCAGCCCCAGUCAGCUGCUUCAAACAUGUUCCGCUGUUUGAUCAGUGGGAUGAUGUGGUGAAAGGGAUGAAAGUGGAGGUCCUGAACAGUGAUGCCGUGCUCCCCAGCCGCGUCUACUGGAUCGCCUCCGUCAUCCAGACAGCAGGCUACCGGGUGCUCCUUCGGUACGAAGGCUUUGAGAACGACUCCAGCCAUGACUUCUGGUGUAACCUGGGCACCGUGGACGUGCACCCCAUCGGGUGGUGUGCAAUCAAUAGCAAAAUCUUGGUGCCCCCACAGACCAUUCACGCCAAGUACACAGACUGGAGGAGUUACCUUAUGAAGCGGCUGGUGGGAGCCCGGACCCUCCCGGUGGAUUUCCACAUUAAGAUGGCAGAAAGCAUGAAGUACCCCUUCCGUCAGGGGAUGCGAGUGGAGGUGGUGGACAAGACCCACGUGUCAAGGACACGCAUGGCCGUGGUGGACACGGUGAUCGGGGGGCGGCUGCGGCUGCUGUAUGAGGAUGGAGACGGCGAUGAUGAUUUCUGGUGCCACAUGUGGAGUCCCCUCAUCCAUCCCGUGGGCUGGUCCCGCAGAGUUGGUCAUAGCAUCAAGAAGCCAGAGAGGCGAGGGGAGAUGAGCAGCCACCCAACCUUUCGCAAGAUCUACUGUGAUGCUGUUUCCUACCUCUUCAAGAAGGUGCGAGCUGUCUACACAGAAGGAGGCUGGUUUGAAGAAGGGAUGAAGCUGGAGGCCAUUGACCCGCUGAACCUGGGCAACAUCUGCGUAGCCACUGUCUGCAAGGUUCUCCUGGACGGCUACCUGAUGAUUUGCAUUGACGGCUCCACCUCUGUGGAUGGCUCAGACUGGUUCUGUUACCAUGCCUCGUCACAUGCCAUCUUCCCAGCCACCUUUUGCCAGAAGAACUCCAUUGACCUUACACCUCCAAAAGGGUAUGAUGCAAAGACCUUUGACUGGACCUCGUACCUCGAAGAGACCAGCUCCAAGGCUGCUCCCGCUCGCCUCUUCAACAUGGACUGCCCCAACCACGGCUUCAAGGUGGGCAUGAAGCUGGAGGCUGUGGACCUGAUGGAGCCGCGACUCAUCUGUGUGGCCACAGUGAAGAGGGUGGUGCAGCGGCUGCUCAGCAUUCACUUUGAUGGCUGGGACAGCGAGUAUGACCAGUGGGUGGACUGUGAGUCACCCGACAUCUAUGCCGUGGGCUGGUGCGAGCUGAUCGGCUACCAGCUCCAGCCCCCGGUGGCGGCAGGUCUGUCCCCUUGGCGCCGCCACACAGGCUUCUCUUCCAGGGUGGGCCGCGAGGAGUCCACCGCUCCCCAGCAGACCAAGGACGUCAUGAGGAAAAAGAAGAAGCCCUUUGGGAGGAAGAGGAAAAGGAUCACGACCAAGACACGGCCAGCAGCCAGGAAAAGCCAGCACUGACCAGGCCCUAGGUCGACAUGAGGCCAGAAAUUUGAGCUAAGCCCCCACCUCCUUGGCUGGUCAGCUGGGGCAGGGUGUCCAGUUAUGUCCCCAUGUUGCAAGGAGUUGGGGACCCAGUGUCCCAUUGUGAAGCAGAUGUUCCCGUCAAGGCUCCUGGCUGCCACCCGUCACUCAGCUGGGGGUCCCAGGGCCUUCUCUGUGGCCUUGUCCUCUGUGAGUGAAGGGGGGGGAGCAGAUCCUAGCAGGUUCCAUGCAGGAAUCCUGAGGAUACCGUGCCUCCCCUGCCUCCCCGACACCCUGUGUCAGCUUUCCUGGGAGGGUUUUCUGAAGCUCCAGGGCCUGACCCUUUAAGGGGGUCAGUCACUCAGGAUGUCAGAGAGGACACUGUGGACCCAGAUGCCCAGGAGGGAAGCCAGUGUCUCCGGCUCUCAGCCCCUCGGGCUUGAACCAGCCCUGACCUCGAAUCAGAAAGGAGCAGGCCUUCAGUCCCUCCUUCCCCUUUGGACACAUUUUUCCAGAAAGCAGAAAAAGCCUCUUUUCCUUUAAAAAAUCAUGCUUGUUGCUCAGGGACGUGAAGCCUGACCCUGAGUGGGGAUGGCGUGAGCUGGGGACGAGAGCUGACCCGUCCCCAGCUCCCUUUGGACCCCUUGCCUUCUUUCCUCCUUCCUGCCUGGCUGAGCAGGAGUCUCUGAUUCUCAGUUCCUGGAUGGAACUUCUCGGGAGCCCCCAUCUACCAGGCGGCCUAGGCCCCCUGUCCCUCCUGGCCUGCUCGUCAGCGAGGAGCAGGGUAUGGGUGCCUUCUCCUGGGCCCCACACCUGGAAGGAGAAGGGGGAUGGUAGGAUGAGGCUGUGUCAGGGUGUGCUUAGUGGAGGGCUGGUGGGGCUCCUCCUGCCCAGGAAAGUCCAUCCCCAUCCUCUUCCUCAGUGCCUUGGUACUUAGAAGGCUGCAGCAGGGACGAGCAGGACCCUUCCACCCACCAGCCACCAUGACAGCGUGGGGAUUGGGUCUGAGGCCCAGGGCAGAUUUGGAAUAGUUGUGAAGCAUUUGACAGGGGGUCCUGGGGAAGUGGGAUUGAGUUAUUUUGUGGAAGGGAGCAGCCCCACAGAAUGGGUGUAAAUGGCAGAGGUAGGUGAGGCUCAGUGUAAGUAACAGCCCAGCAGUCAGAACCAUCUCCAGGUGGCCUUCGUGGAGAGUGAGCUCCCCGUCGGGAAGGGCAGGACCUUCCAGCAGAGCUAGGAGCCGACCACUUGGCAGGAGCAUCACAAGCAGGAUUCCUCUCCACGUUCAGGGUGAACUAGUCAGUAAUUUGCCUUUCUUUCACACUUUAAGGUUUGUGAAGCACUUUCCCCAGAAACAGCCCUGGGAGGUAGGUGCUGUGUGGUUGUCCCCAUUUUACAGAUAAGCAAGGCAAGCUGCAGGGAGGUGCAGCGCCACACAUGACAUGUAGGUUUAGAGCCCUUCCAGUACAGCAGGGCCCUUCUCCCUGGCGGCUCGGUGGGAUUGGUCAUUCCAGGGCCUUCCUGGACCUGCUUGGACCGCAGGAGACCUCUGUCAGACACAGCAGGUACCUUGAGCUGCCAGACAGAGGCCCACGUGUGUUGGGUAGGGAGGUGAGCAGCCACUUAACUGGUUCCAGCUGGCCUCUGGGGACUGCGUGGGAGGGCUCCCCAGGCUCGCUUCCAUGCUUUUUCCGGGUCUCUGGUGGUUACCCAGCACUCUGGAGAAGCAGAGCUGAACGCCAGUUGCUCCAGACGGCCAAUCCUACAUACAGUUGCUAGCAGGCCCUAGGCCCAGCCACGGAGGCUCUCUGGUGUCACUCAGGCUUGCUCAUUCCCGAAGGAUAUCAGACAGAGUGGCCAACAGCUGCGCUCGUAGACUCCCAGGAGUUCUAAAUAGAACCUGAAGGGCACCUAGUCGAGUUCAAGGAACCCUCUUCAAGCCAGCAUCACGAGAAGGGACUGUCUGUCCACAGCCACAUUUUAGGGGUGAAACAGGAGCCCCCCAGUUCAAGCUCAGACCCCCGAUCUAAGAUGGAGGGCUUCUCUAAGGCGGCAGUGGUGGGAAGCACUCUCCCUGAGGCAGCCACUUCUGUCUGGUGAUACGUCCAGUGUAGACCUUCCUUACGUUGCCCCCAAAGUGCUUCUGGGGAAUAUGCCUGUUAGUCCCAGCUCUUCCCUCCAGUGAGCAGAAAGAACUCGAAUCCCUCUUUCACAUGAUUGCCCUUCAUGUAUUAGAAGACUCCACCAGGCCUCCGGCCAUCCGGCUUGCUUCAGCAUCUGUCUAUUAGGAGAUGUAUUUAAAUGUGAUGGGACCAGCAUGGAGUCCUCCGGGUGUUAGACUUUGGCAGUCUUCCUAGCACACCAUCUCAAUUGUCGACCUAACUCAAACCUCAUGGCCUUCCCCAUGAACCGUUGUUGAGCAGUUCAGCACAUGUGAACCUGAAUUCAGCCCUUCACGUUGGUUUCUAUUUCAUUUUAUCUUGUUAGUGGGAUCCCGGCCAUCUGUCAUAGAGCACGGUGGCUAUUCCUCUCAGGUUCACGUCAAAAGCUUAUCAUCUGUUAAUCUUGAAUGAAUUGUAAAUUUGAUUAAAAGCAAAAUAAUUUUUAAGAAUUGA